GGCCCUUCUUCCGUAUCUAUCAGUCUCGCAUAAUCUUUGGUGGCCUGAUACCGAGUGCUAUCACCUCAGCUAUCUCGGGAAACAUCACGAGCGGAACAGCAACCUAGCCACGGGCGCUUUUUACUCUACCCCUCGCAUUGCCUUUCCACCUUUACGUUCCUCUUCAACUUAGCCACCAUAGGGACCUUUGUCGAUACCUCCAAACGCAUCUUGUCGGACGACUCGAAAGACGGAAACAUAGCUGCCCCUUUCAGAGUAACUCACUGGUCCGCCGCAUCCAACAUGGCGGCCACCGUCGCCUCGUCACACCCAUUUGGCGGUGGGCUACACCCACUGCAGGCAAAGGGGUUACUUGCAGCCGCCCAGCAGCGCCAACAACAGCAGCAGACGCAAUCGCAACCGCAACUUCAUCCCUGCAUGCUCUCGCAGCACCACUCUUACCAGAACGACCAACGCCGAAAUGACCCAUCACAAACGCAAAAGAACAAUGAUACGAGUGGUGGAUUCGAGAUGGCCACGCGCAAGCCCCGGCUGAGCGACUUUCACCGUAUAAGGACAUUAGGAACUGGCACUUUCGCUCGUGUGGUACUCGUCCGACCAGCCAAUGGCACAGAAAUCGACCGUCAAAAGGUCUACGCAUUAAAGAUUUUGAGAAAGACGGAAGUGAUCAGACUAAAACAAAUUGACCAUGUGCGCCACGAGCGACAGAUCCUCCAGGAUGUAACAGGCCACCCGUUCAUCACCAGUCUGCAAGCCUCCUUUUCCGACCACGACUUCCUCUACCUCCUGCUCGACUACAUUCCGGGCGGAGAGCUGUUCACAUACCUGCGCAAAUACCGACGGUUCGAUGAGGAGAUGGCACGCUUCUACGCGGCUGAGAUUGUGCUCGUGCUCGAGUACCUCCACGAAGAGCAGGGUGGGAUAGCUUACCGGGAUAUGAAGCCCGAGAAUCUGCUGUUGGAUGCGAAUGGGCACAUUAAGCUGGUCGAUUUUGGUUUUGCCAAGCGGCUGGGGUACAAGGACGUUGAACGCCCGGUCGAGACCUACACCCUUUGUGGCACUCCCGAGUACCUGGCGCCCGAGGUUAUUCAGAAUAAAGGCCACACGACAGCGGUGGACUGGUGGGCGUUGGGGAUCUUGAUAUACGAAUUCCUGACGGGCUAUCCCCCGUUUUACCACAACAAUCCCCUAGAGAUUUACAGACAAAUCGUAGAAAAGCCGGUUCUAUUCCCCUCGUCAACAGAAAUCAGCGAAGAAGCCAAGGACAUCAUCCGGUCCUUCUGCACAGUCGAUCGGACCAUGCGACUCGGCAACAUGAGCGGCGGCGCGGCAAGAGUGAAGGCGCACCCAUGGUUCAAGGGCGUCGACUGGGAGGCUGUGGAGCAAAGACGGCACAAGGGCCCCAUCAUUCCUCACCUAAGUCACCCCGGCGACGCUUCGUGCUUCGCCCUCUACCCGGAGCAGGACGUCAACAAUGAGGCGUACACGGAUGAGAUGUUUGAAAAGUACGAAAAGUACUUUGGGGACUUUUAGUGAAAGGGCCUCGGGCCGUCGAAGGAAUUGCGCAAGCGCCCAAGCAUUGGGGCUCAGGCGGGUUUCUGAGAAGAUCUCGGGCUGGGUUACUGGCUCUGUUGGGCAGAAGAAUAUCGGAUAUGAUCAGUCGGAUGGGACAUGUGGUUUUACUGCUUGAAGUCACUCGCUUGACAUUGAGGAGACGGGUAUGCUUGACGUUCCAAGUAGCCAGGCCCGUCUCCAGUGUGUCAGGUUGGACCUCGGUCAAAGGCUGUGACAGCACGGCGAUGACAAGGAAUGGUUACGAUUGUAGUUUUUGUCUUUGGUGGAUUUCAUAUUAUAACUCUUGGUCGUUCUCGAGAAUGAGAACUGACUGAAAUGGGAAGAGGCGGGCACGGAGUUAUUACAGGACGAUACGGGAAGGGCGUCGCGGGUUUAUGGGUUACUUGAUGCUUUUUAUGAUGUUAUAUCCCCCCUACCUAGCGCACAUCAGAGAGUCAGAGCUCUAUGUCUAGGUAGACACUUUGACGUUGUUAGAGGGUAGAGGUACGAAGAACGCUACACAUAGCUGCUAUAGUAAAGAUGGAACACGUGUGAAUGAGUUGAAUAUAUUCUCAGAUGGUUGAUCA